UGAAAAAGAAUUAAUAAAAAAAACAUUAAAUAUUAUUGAAAAUACAAUUGAAAUAAUUCAUUGUAAAAUAUUAUCAAAUCCAUCAUUAAUAUCAAAUAUUGAAUGGUUUAAAAAUGAUCAAUUAAUUCUUGGAGAAUAUCAAGAACAAUUACGAAUAAAUUUUACUAAUAUAGAAAAUUUAUCAUGUCGAGCAAAAAAUACAGUCGGACAAACAGAUGCACGUAUUAAUGUUAAUAUUCUUUAUAAACCAAAAUUAUCUAUGAUUGAAAAUAUAACAUUAAAUCAAGGUGAUAAAUUACUUUUAAAAUGUUUAAUUAAUGCAAAUCCUUCAUGUCAACAAAUUAAUUGGUUUCAUAAUCAUAAAGAAAUAUUUAGUCAAUCAUGUGGACAACAACAACAUAUAGCUGAAUAUAUAAUAGAAAAUAUUGAUCGUUCACUUGCUGGAAUAUAUACAUGUGAAGUUAAAAAUUUAUUAAAUAUAAGUCUUGAUAAACAAUAUGAUGGAAUAUCAAAUAUAUCAACUGAUGUUCGUAUACAAUAUGCACCACUCAUAUUAAAUUCUUUUAAUAAAUUAGCAGUUAAAGAAAAUUCUGAUAUAACAAUAGAAUGUUUUGUUGAUGCUUAUCCAAAAGCUGAUAUAAUAUGGUUUGGACCAUUUGGUCAAAGAUUAAAUUCAUUUACUAAUGAAAAGGUUUACAAUAGUACUGUUAUAUCAUCUGAAUUACAUUGGUAA